CGAGCAGACUUUGGCCGUCAAGUUUCAAGCAGUUCAAUUGUGCAGCGCGGAUGGUCGGUGUGGAUGAUUAAGAUGGCUCGGGUUCCGAUCGUUUCGGUGCUGUUGCUCACCUGCUUUGUGCUCCAUUGCCACUCGCUGAUUUGCCCGCCGUCCUGCUCGUGCCGAGGGACCUCCGUAUUGAACUGCUCCUUGGCGGGCCUGUGGACUAUGCCAAAAAUUCCGGACUCUGUGGCCCAUUUGGACGUCUCUCACAACGGCCUCGAACGGGUGGCGCUGCUGCGCCGGACGCUCCCUCGGCUACGCAGCCUAAGCUUGGUUAACAACAGCAUUGCGCGCCUGUCACUCUGCAUCCACGGGCGCGUCCAGGGUCGAGGGUGCGCCUCAUGGGCACCUAACCUCCACCUGUUAUCUGUGGAGAGGAAUCAGCUGCGACGACUACCACGGGGCUUGAGUGCUUUGGAGGCCUUGGAGGUCCUGCGCCUGUCAUUCAACAGCAUCACCACCAUCCAGCUUGGAGAACUGGACAACUUGCGAGGGCUGAGGGAGCUUCACCUCCAACACAACCUCAUCAGCAGCUUGCACUCGGACGCCUUCCGACAUUUACAACAGCUCAAGAUCCUCAAUGUGAGCUUCAACAUGUUGACCAGCCUCAACCCUUCAAUCUACCUCUCUCUACACACCAUCGGGGCGGACGUUCACCUGGCUGGAAACAGGUGGCGCUGUGACUGCAACAUGCGUAGCAUAAGAAGAUGGAUGGCUUUAGACAGGAGCAGAGGCUCACGCUCCUGGGAUUUGGUUUGCGCUUCGCCGCCCAUUCUUGCCGGUGUGGACAUUGUCAAAGUGGAGGACGAUGAUCUGAACUGUUGGAGUGCUGAAAAGGAGCCAAAGCUCCACCAAGAUGUGACGGUCCAUAGGGAUUCCCAGGUUCUGUUGUCCUGCGCCACAAAAGGCGGAUUAUGGCGGACACCCGCUGGUUUGGUACCUGCGAAUCAACCUCAGUCUGGUCUCCUCGUCAGUGCCAUCACAGAGAAAAACACUGGUCUUUAUGUGUGUUUGUCCGAGGACUACCAGGUGGUGUCUGUCUUUCACCUCCAUAUUGCAGGGACUAGCAGAAAAGCCCGAAGUGUAACUGAAAGAAUCACAGGUGGAGAAAGGAGUCAAACCGUGACACAGUCCGACUUCACGUUAGCCGUGUGUUUGUCUGUGUUCAUCACCUUUCUGGUCGCCUUCAUCCUGGGAGUUCUCCUAAGACCUUGCAUCGACAUGCUCUGGAAGAGGAUCACCAGGAAGAAAACAUCCAACCCAGUCUCAUCAGCCGAAGAGAGACAAUAUGACAACGAGGCCUACUCGGCAGGCGAGGACCCAGAGGAGUUGCGGCCUCAUAGGGAAAGGAGAGUCACGUUCAGCACAGUGGACUUCCAGGAAGAAAACAAUGUUAAAUAUCACAACAAGGAACGUGAAACAAAAGCAAACGGUACAGUGGUUGAAUGUGAAAUGGUCACAGAUGGAGAUUCAGGAAGUGAGAUAAGUCUGGAGAGAAGGUAUUCAGAGGAUACAAGAGGUCUUUCAGACCAAAACCUCAAGAGGAGGGGAAGUUUGUCGGAUUCCUCACUGUCUGACAAGGACCAAAAAGAAGUGGACACUGUUCAGCAGAACUCAACAGAAUUACCUCCAAUUUCCAUAAAUAAAACUCCAGGAUUUGCCUUUGAGCCCAUUCUGCACCCAAACAAUGGCCGAAUUUUAGCAGAGGAACCAGAGGAUGAUGAGGAACAGUUUGAGUUCAGCGACUGCAGCACAUCUCCGAGAACCAGCAGCCCCGUGGGUUCUUAUAACUACACCAAACAAAUUAUGCCAAGGCUGAACAGGAAGGACUCAUCCAACUCCAGUUCAUAUAUGAGCGACGACGAACCUUCGGAAUACACCGUCAACCCAGAUCUGCAGGAAGAGGAGGAUAUGAGGAGGAGGUACGCUAAAAGUGGACAUGAACCUAGCCUGGAUCAGGACACAGAACUUUGGUGGCCUGCAGUCGAUCUUGAGCAUUCCAUGCGCGUCCAGAGACGUUUGGAUAUUAAAGUUUGUGAAGAUGAUCGUCAAACUACAAGCUUCGGCGAGAAGCCCGGGACAGAGAUGGUGGUCACAGCAGGAGUCACACCUUCAAUUUAUUUAUCCAGCAGUGACAGUGAAGAAACAAGGCGACCUGUUACUGUAUCGCCAAGACUUGAUUCACAAACACAGAGGCCAGCGCUUGAUCUUGAGCAUACCAUCUCAGUCCAGAGAUAUUCAGAUAUUAAAGCACCGUUACGAAGAUCAGAUUCCUCAUCUGGCACUGACUCUGAGGAUGGAUCGAUUCACCUCACAGAGGCACCACAAAAGUUUGACAGAGCAGGGCUUCUAGAGCAAGAAGUUCGCCUUGGGAAAGACACAAGGUGGCCUGCUAUCGACCUUCAGCGAAUUCCUCGCAUUGAAAGGCAUCUAAAUGUAAAGUCAACACUGCCUGAUUCUUCCUCGAGUAGUGAUAGUGAGGUCGUAAGAAGGACCACCAUGUUACAGCCUCCAUCUAAAGUAUCACUAAGUUAUGAUGCACAAGCAACCUGGCCCGCUGUUGAUCUUGAGGAUUCUUUCCAAAUUAAGAGGAGACUGGAUGUCAAAGCAACAUCACCAACUUUGGAUGCAUCAAUCGACAGCGACAGCGAUGAUGUAGUGAGUAAUUACAUCACAAAACCGGAACAAGAAACCAGAAAUGUAACUCGGUACCCCAUUAAAGCACCUCCAACACCAAAUUAUUACCCACAAUCACCUUGGCCCUCAAUUGAUCUUGAGGACUCUUUCAGAAUCAAGAGGCGUCUCAACGUCAAAAUACUUUCGCCACCUUCAGAUUCACCAUCCAUCAGAAACAGAGAUUAUGGAACAACUCAUGACAUCACCAAACAGGAACAAGGGCUUGCUAAAGUAACCAGGUCCACCACAAAAGCAUCAUCAACACCAAGCUAUUACCCACAUGGACGCUGGCCUACAAUUGAUCUUGAGGAUUCUUUCAGAAUCAAGAGGCGUCUCAAUGUCAAAGGACCUCCAUCACCUUCCGAUUCAUCAUCCAGCAGCGACAGUGAGCAUGAAACAAUUCAUCACAUCACAAAACAUGAACAAAGACCCACUCAAGUAACUAGAUACUCCUCGAAAGAAUUACCAACACCAAAUUAUGACCCACAUGGACCCUGGCCCACUCUUAAUCUUGAGGAUUCAUUCCGAAUUAAGAGGAGACUAAAUGUCAAAGCAACAUCACCAACUUUAGACGCAUCAUCCGACAGCGACAGUGAUGAUGUAGUGUCGAAUUAUAUCACAAAACCGGAACAAGUAACCAGAAAUGUAACUAGGUACCCCAUUAAAGCAGCUCCAACACCAAAUUAUGACCCACAUGGACCCUGGCCCACUCUUAAUCUUGAGGAUUCAUUCCGAAUUAAGAGGAGACUAAAUGUCAAAGCAACAUCACCAACUUUAGACGCAUCAUCCGACAGCGACAGUGAUGAUGUAGUGUCGAAUUAUAUCACAAAACCGGAACAAGUAACCAGAAAUGUAACUAGGUACCCCAUUAAAGCAGCUCCAACACCAAAUUAUGACCCACAUGGACCCUGGCCCACUCUUAAUCUUGAGGAUUCAUUCCGAAUUAAGAGGAGACUAAAUGUCAAAGCAACAUCACCAACUUUAGACGCAUCAUCCGACAGCGACAGUGAUGAUGUAGUGUCGAAUUAUAUCACAAAACCGGAACAAGUAACCAGAAAUGUAACUAGGUACCCCAUUAAAGCAGCUCCAACACCAAAUUAUGACCCACAUGGACCCUGGCCCACUCUUAAUCUUGAGGAUUCAUUCCGAAUUAAGAGGAGACUAAAUGUCAAAGCAACAUCACCAACUUUAGACGCAUCAUCCGACAGCGACAGUGAUGAUGUAGUGUCGAAUUAUAUCACAAAACCGGAACAAGUAACCAGAAAUGUAACUAGGUACCCCAUUAAAGCAGCUCCAACACCAAAUUAUGACCCACAUGGACCCUGGCCCACUCUUAAUCUUGAGGAUUCAUUCCGAAUUAAGAGGAGACUAAAUGUCAAAGCAACAUCACCAACUUUAGACGCAUCAUCCGACAGCGACAGUGAUGAUGUAGUGUCGAAUUAUAUCACAAAACCGGAACAAGUAACCAGAAAUGUAACUAGGUACCCCAUUAAAGCAGCUCCAACACCAAAUUAUGACCCACAUGGACCCUGGCCCACUCUUAAUCUUGAGGAUUCAUUCCGAAUUAAGAGGAGACUAAAUGUCAAAGCAACAUCACCAACUUUAGACGCAUCAUCCGACAGCGACAGUGAUGAUGUAGUGUCGAAUUAUAUCACAAAACCGGAACAAGUAACCAGAAAUGUAACUAGGUACCCCAUUAAAGCAGCUCCAACACCAAAUUAUGACCCACAUGGACCCUGGCCCACUCUUAAUCUUGAGGAUUCAUUCCGAAUUAAGAGGAGACUAAAUGUCAAAGCAACAUCACCAACUUUAGACGCAUCAUCCGACAGCGACAGUGAUGAUGUAGUGUCGAAUUAUAUCACAAAACCGGAACAAGUAACCAGAAAUGUAACUAGGUACCCCAUUAAAGCAGCUCCAACACCAAAUUAUGACCCACAAUCACCUUGGCCCGCAAUUGAUCUUGAGGAUUCUUUCAGGAUCAAGAGGCGCCUCAACGUCAAAGUACUUUCGCCACGUUCAGAUUCAUCAUCCAGCAGAAACAGGGAUCAUGGAACAACUCAUUACAUCACCAAACAGGAACAAGGACUUGCUAAAGUAACAAAGUCCUCCCUUAAAGCGUCAUCAACACCAAGCUAUUACCCACAUGGACGCUGGCCUACACUUGAUCUUGAGGAUUCUUUCAGAAUCAAGAGGCGUCUCAAUGUCAAAGGACCUCCAUCACCUUCCGAUUCAUCAUCCUACAGCGACAGUGAGCAUGAAACAAUUCAUCACGUCACAAAACAUGAACAAAGUCCCACUCAAGUAACUAGAUACUACUCAAAAGAAUCACCAACACCAAAUUAUGACCCACAUGCACCCUGGCCCACUCUUAAUCUUGACGAUUCUUUCCGAAUUAAGAGGAGACUAGACAUCAAAGCUAGGUCAACAACUUUAGAUGCACCAUCCGACAGCGACAACAAUGAGGUAGUGACUAAUUACAUCAUAAAACCGGAACAAGAAACCAGAAAUGUAACUAGGUACCCCAUUAAAGCACCUCCAACACCAACUUAUGACCCACAAUCACCUUGGCCCUCAAUUGAUCUUGAGGAUUCUUUCAGAAUCAAGAAGCGUCUCAACGUCAAAGUACUUUCGCCACCUUCAGAUUCACCAUCCAUCAGAAACAGAGAUUAUGGAACAACUCAUGACAUCACCAAACAGGAACAAGGGCUUGCUAAAGUAACCAGGUCCACCACAAAAGCAUCAUCAACACCAAGCUAUUACCCACAUGGACGCUGGCCUACACUUGAUCUUGAGGAUUCUUUCAGAAUCAAGAGGCGUCUCAAUGUCAAAGGACCUCCAUCACCUUCCGAUUCAUCGUCCUACAGCGACAGUGAGCAUGAAACAAUUCAUCACGUCACAAAACAUGAACAAAGUCCCACUCAAGUAACUAGAUACUACUCAAAAGAAUCACCAACACCAAAUUAUGACCCACAUGCACCCUGGCCCACUCUUAAUCUUGCGGAUUCUUUCCGAAUUAAGAGGAGACUAGAUGUUAAAGCAACAUCACCAACUUUAGAUGCAUCAUCCGACACCGACAUGACCAAUCGCAUCACAGAACUGGAGCAAGAAACCAUAAAACUAACCAGGUACCCCAUGACAGCACCUUCAAAACAAAGUUAUGACCCAGAAUCACCUUGGCCUUCGAUUGAUCUGGAGGAUUCAUUCAAAAUCAAGAGACGUCUCAAUGUCAAAGGACCUUCACCACCUUCAGAUUCAUUGUCCAGCAGCAACAGUGAGCAUGAGACAAUUCAACACAUCACAAAACAUGAGCAAAGACCCACUCAUGUAACUAGAUACUCCUCUAAAGAAUCACCAACGCCAAAUUAUGACCCACAUGCAAACUGGCCCACUCUUAAUCUUGAGGAUUCUUUCAGAAUUAAGAGGAGACUAGAUGUCCAAAUAACAUCACCAACUUUAGAUGUAUCAUCCGACAGCGAGAGCGAUGAUGAAGUGUCUAAUUACAUCACAAAACCAGAUGAAGAAACCAGAAAAGUAACUAGGUACCCCAUGAAAGCACCUCCAACACGAAAUUAUGACACACAAUCACCUUGGCCCUCAAUUGAUCUUGAGGAUUCUUUCAGAAUCAAGAGGCGUCUCAAUGUCAAAGGACCUUCACCACCUUCAGAUUCAUUGUCCAGCAGCAACAGUGAGCAUGAGACAAUUCAACACAUCACAAAACAUGAGCAAAGACCCACUCAUGUAACUAGAUACUCCUCUAAAGAAUCACCAACGCCAAAUUAUGACCCACAUGCAACCUGGCCCACUCUUAAUCUCAAGGAUUCUUUCGGAAUUAAGAGGAGACUAGAUGUCAAAGCAAGAUCAACAACUUUAGAUGCAUCAUCCGACAGCGAUGAUGUAAUGACUAAUUACAUCACAAAACCGGAACAAGAAACCAGAAAAGUAACUAGGUACCCCAUGAAAGCACCUCCAACACUAAAUCAUGACACACAAUCACCUUGGCCCUCAAUUGAUCUUGAGGAUUCUUUCAGAAUCAAGAGGCGUCUCAACGUCAAAGUACUUUCGCCACCUUCAAAUUCAUCAUCCAGCAGAAACAGGGAUCGUGGAACAACUCAUGACAUCACCGAACAGGAACAAGGACUUGCUAAAGUAACCAGGUCCUCCACAAUAGCGUCAUCAACACCAAGCUAUUACCCACAUGGACGCUGGCCUACACUUGAUCUUGAGAAUUCUUUCAGAAUCAAGAGGCGUCUCAACAUCAAAGGACCUUCACCACCUUCAGAUUCACCGUCCAGCACAGACAGUGAGCAUGAAACAAUUCAUCACAUCACAAAACAUGAACAAAUACCCACUCAUGCAAAUAGAUACUCCUCUAAAGGAUCACCAAAACCAAAUUAUGACCCACAUUCACCUUGGCCGACUCUUAAUCUUGCGGAUUCUUUCCGAAUUAAGAGGAGACUAGAUGUCAAAGCAACAUCAACAACUUUAGAUGCAUCAUCCGACAGCGCGAGUGAUGAUGAAGUGACUAAUCACAUCACAAAACCAGAACAAGACAACAGAAAAGUAACUAGGUACCCCAUUAAAGCACCUUCAACAAGUUAUGACCCACAAGCAACUUGGCCCAUGGUUGAUCUUGAUGGUACUUUCCGAAUUAAGCGGCGUCUAAAUGUCAAACAACUGUCAGCAACUCCAGAUUCAUCUUCCAGCAGCAACAGCAAAAAUGAGAUGACAUUUCACCCCACAAAACAGAAGCAAGGAGUCACAAACACAAUCAGGUACCCCAUGAAACCGAGUUAUGACCCAGAAGUACCUUGGCCAUCACUUGAUUUUAAGGAUUCCUUAAGGAUUAAGAGACGAUUAGAUUUCAAAGCACCAUUACCAACUUCAAAUUUAACAUCCAGCAGUGAAAGUGAAGAUGAAAAAAUGUACUACACCCAAAAACAGGGCCAAGGGACAACCAAAAUAACCAGUUAUGCCCCUAAAGCACCAAGUUAUGGACCACAAUCUACAUGGCCCACACUUGAUCUUGAAAAUUCUUUCCGAAUUAAGAGGCGUCUGGAAAUCAACGCACCUUCACCACACUCAGAUUCUUUGUCCAGCAGUGACCGUGAGUAUGAUGUCACUCAUCACAUUAUAAAACAGAACCUUGGGUCCCGAAAAACUCACCAUCCCAUAAACGUAUCUCCAAGAAUAAGUUCUGACUCAGAAUCAUCUUGGCCCUCACUUGACCUGGAGGAUUCUUUCCGAAUUAAAAGGCGUUUAAAUUUCCAAGUGCUGUCACCAACCUCAGAUUUAUCAUCCAUCACCAUGAAACAAGGGACCGCAAAUUUAGCUCGGUACGCCAUUGCAGGAUUGCCAAAACCUGGGCAUGAUCCACAAGGACUUUGGUCAUUGCUUAACCUUGAGGAUUCUUUCCGAAUCAAGAGGCGUUUAGAAAUUAAAGCUCCUUCACCAGCGUCGACCUACAGUAGCAACAGUGAGGAGGACACAUUUGUGGAUGGACAAAGACAAGGGUACUAUGAGAGACAGAAGGGAAGGUCUUCAACUGAACCCUCCAAUGUGUCACAUGUUGUUAAACAACCAAGCAGCUCAAACGAACAAGACGAUACUAAUGCUGAUGCCACGGAGACACAGGCACUGCCCCGGGUAUAUUUGGGUGUCAACAAACGUUUGGAUAUCAAAGUGUCAUCUCCGCAACAACAAUUGGCUGCUGAUCAAAUUUCUCCUGAGGCUUACUAUUCCAAAUCAAAUUUCUCCACAAGUGACAGUGACGAAGAGAACCAAGAUGAAAAAGCCUCGCUAAAGGUGGCAGACAAGAGUUCCAUUAAAUCUCCUGCGAUCAUUGUCCCUCGCAGUCCCAAAAAUGAUUCUAACAUCAAAUUAGAAAAAUAUGUCAUUGUUCCCGAGACCGCGGCGGACAAACCCAGCAAUGCGAGCCCAGAGAUAAACUCAGAGCUCCAGUCGCGGUGGGCCAACAUGCAUCUUGGGUUCUCUCGCUUCAGAAAGCGUCUUGAAAUCACAUCGCAUGCAUGCGAACCACCUGUGGUGCCUCUCAGUGAAAGUGACCCCGAGCAAAUAAAACAAAAGAAUACAGGACUUGGCUGGCAAGGAAACACACGCACAGAAUCACCUCUAACCGCUGCACAAGUUCACAACAACGCCGACCAACCAGCAGUGGGUCCGACAAGUGAAGCAAAGUCAAGCGUAACAGGUCUGCCACGUAUAAGGAGAUACCUGGAUGUAAAGGCUCCUGCUACUCUAAAACAAGGUCUGGAUUCAUCAAGCAGCAGUAAAAAUGAAGCUGACUCCACAGAAUAUUCACAAUGGAGAGGAAAGCCUCAUGAUCUCAGGCUUCCUUCUUCGUAUGCAACUCGGACUGUCGAGACCCAACAGACAGCGGAGAAGUCGCAAGUUGCCACUGUGCCAAGGCAGCCUUCCUCCGACAGUAGUGAAGACGAGACGGGUGAGGCUGCAGAAGCCAGGGAGAUGACGGAGGUUCCGAGGUCAGUUCCACCAGACAGCGACUCGCCGAUACCAUACCGACGUUUAAUUAUCAAACCUUCGUCUCUACCAAAUGAUACCUCCACCAGGGAUCAACAUACCGAUGGAAUGACUACACUACAUGGUUCCUCUUAUAGUACCAGAUAUCAACUCCCAUCUCUUGCCCCGAAGAUCAUUCCUAAUCCAAGAUCUGGGGAUUAUAUGUCCUCCACCAGGGAAAUAUAUUCUUACACCUAUAGUGCCAGACCCUAUACGGCUAGAAACCAGACCCUUUAUGUAGCCCCGAAAACCAUUCCCAGUCUAGGCUCUGGGGAUGAUGAUACUCCCCUCACCAGGGAUUCAUCAGAUGUGAACAUAAGGACAACACAAAGUGGUUCCUCCUAUAGUGGCAGAUACCAGAUCCCAUCUCUUGCCCCCAGACCCUUCAGGAACUCGACUGAGGGCCCACCAGCUGCAAUACGUUGGACAGGACUGAGGACCCGCCUGUCUGAUCCCUCCAAACAUCCGGACUCAAGCCUACCAUCUCCACUUGGAGAACUCCCAAAAACUCAAGCUGGGUCCCUCACUACGGAGGUAGCACAGGAAAACAGGAGCACAACCGUGACAAGAUCUCUUCACCUAGGCAGCAAUUCCUUGUCAUUGUUCGGCACCGAUGAGAUGUGGAAGGGCGCAUCAGAAAAGACAGAAAGAAAAGGACUUCGCGCCUUGAAAGCCAUGUCGGAUGAAAGACAAACAUGGGACAAGGAUGAAAAAGUGAAACACUUCCAACCAAGUGGCAAUUCUGGGAAUUCCAAUCAGAACAGAUCAGAAGACCUCGUCUCUUAUACCUCAGCGAGCAUCGGAGAAGACCUUCCGUACGACAUCCUCCGCUACAGAACGCAUGCACUGACACAGGAGAUUCCGCCCCCUGUUCCGACAACACCACUGCCAGAUGAGGCCGUGGAGUUAACGCGGAAUUCCAAAAGCUCUUAUACCCCAAGCAUUAGCCAAGUUUAAAUUUGACCCCCAAAAAAUGUAAAGCCUUUUGAAACUGUUUUCAGGGUGCAAAGCUGUCAGCUAUUUUACUGUCAGACAGACAACAUUCUGAUUUGUUUUCCGAUUAAUUUAUAUGUACAUGUCAUGAAAAUUGGUAAUAUAUGUUUGUAAGCUUUGGUCCCAAGGAGGAAUCAAAGUUCAUGAGUUGUAAAUUGGUGUAUUUCUGCAAAUCAUCAUUAGGGGAUUAAAAAAAAAAAACAAACCUCAACAUAAAUUCAACCGUUUUGGUUUGCAGCAGACAUUUUGGGCAAAUUCCAGGGCCUGUACUUCUUCCAAUAUUUCACCGAUAGCGUACGCUCAAUCGCCAACCUUUUUGAAAAUUGACACAGAACAAUUAAAUGCUCUUCAACUAAACUGUUGUCAUCCACACAAUAACUUUGUUCAACAAAAAUUGGUCUGUGUCCCAUGGGAUUCCUAUAAAUUGUGCCUUGGCUCACUAAAGGUUUGGAAACACUCUUUCAAUGUUCAAUCCAGUGUCAUGUUAAUCCGAGUAACUGAGUAUUCUUACAUUGAAUAAGAUUGCAGUGCUUCCUAUUUAUGUCUAUUUUUUCCAUGAUUCUCUUAACGUUGUUUUUGUCUUUUUGCAGAUUUUCUUUGUUCGAAAUAAAGUGCUCCAAACAA